ACGUCAGAGUGUUGUAGUGACAAGAGUUUGCUUGGCAACCAUUGAAGUGGGUUAUGUGGUAGAUGAAGGCUGAUUGCAACGGAAUUACACAGUUAAAUACAACAUUAACUAGAAAAAUAGAAUAAACAAAUCAAUUAGUAAUUGUCUUUGGUACUAAGCGGCUAAAAUGGCAGCGACAGUAUUGCAUGGAAGAAGAAAAGGACAAGCAAGAGCUGACUCUGCUCCUGGGAGUUUGCAGCAGCCCAUGAUGACACUGCCUGAUGGCACUGACCUACGACAGGUCACUGUCCUCACUCAGGGAGACUGGGGUAGGAUUAACAUGCAAUUAAACAGAGGCCAAAUUGAGGCUGAGGAGAGGAGAAGGCGGAGAGAGGAGAAAGAAGCCGUGAAGAAGAUGUCCAAGGACAAAGUAAAAAAUUGGACAAAUACAAUUGCUGGUCACAGACAGAAGAGACUUAAGGCAAGGAAAAUAAGAGAAGAAAAGGAAGAGGCAGAGAGAAAACAGGUUGAUCUGGAAGAAGCUCAGUUUCAGGCUCAGAAGAGAAAAGAAGCUAUUGAAAAGGCAAAGACCCUGCAGUAUUACCAGACAGACAGAGUGAAGGGAUUCCAUAGUGCGCUGAUGUUCACAGAAGUCCUGAAAGAAAGAGAGGCCCAACUUGAGUUAAAACGGCUGAAGGAGAAGGCAUACGAGGGCAAGGACAAUGAUUGGCUGGACAAACAGAGAAAAGACUAUGAAGAUGGUAUCCGUGACGACCAGAGGAAAGCGCUUCAGAGACUGCAAGAAAGAGAGGAGGUGGCAGAGUUUCAGAAAGCACAAAUACGAGAGCAUAUAAAGGAUCGCCUGAUCGCCAUGGAGGAUGACAAGAAGGAGGGCGAGGACCUGAAGAAGCUAGCAAUCCAGUACCACCUGGAGAAGAAACGGCUGGAGGACAUCAGGAGAGAUGAACAGAAGCAGAACAUGCAGCAGAAUGUGAAGAGGAUAGAGGAUGUGAAGAAAAUGAGGGAAAUACAACAGGAGAUUGAAGAGGAAGAAGAUGAGGAGUGCAGGAUCUUUGCUGCUGCUAAAAGGAAAAUGAUGAAGCUGCGAGUUGAAAAAGAAAAGCUUCUCCAUAAUGAGAAGCAAGAGAGACUGGAGAAGAUUCGUGACCGUCUGGCAGCCCAGAUGAAACAGAAGGUCGAUGACGAGGAUCAGAGGAUUCGUAAAGCCACUGAGGAGAGAGAGGCCAAGAUUGCAAAGGAGGAUGCCGAGAAGGAUGCCAAGAAUAGGAGGAUGCUUUCCGAGAUGGCUGAACACAGAUACCAGCAGAUGAGAGAGAAAGAAGAAAAGGAGGCAGCAGAGAGAGCCAGGGAGAUGGAAAUGCUACAGAUCCGCAAGGAGGCAGACAAAUUGUUCCAGAGAAACGAGGAAAUGAAACACAGCAGAAAGUUUGAUGAAAAUAAACACCUAGCAGACUUCCAUCUCAUGCAAGCUGGCCAGCGCAAACUUAAAGAAGACGAGGUGAAGGUGGAACAGCUCCAGCAAGACGCCAAAAACAUGGAACUGCUGAAGCUGGAGGAGGACCAGUUCCAGGAAUACGCCGGGAAGGUGAUCGACCACUGCCUCCAGGGGGGACGCAACGUGUACCCUCUCCGCAAGGCGGCCCGGCCCGGCGCCGGCGGGGGACUGGGGCCCAUCUUCGAGGGGAAGGGCGGCAUCCGCCCCAGUUACAUGGCGAUGGAUCACAGCGGUGUCCAGCUGCCCAACUACCAACGAGGGACAACCGAGGAGGUGAAGAAGAAUAUAUACGGAGAUGGACGGACCAACAAGAGACUCGGUUUCGUGUGGAGAUAAACACUUGACACGAUUUUGUUGCCUUUUUGAAAAAUGUUUUUUCAACCAUUUGGAGUCUAGGGGGUUUAAGGGACUUGAUUGAGAAUUUAAGGAGAAAACACUCCAGUAUUUUAUUUAUACCAGUUUUAUUGUAUUGCAGCAUCUCUGAAGGCAAAUAUCUCAAUUCAUCAAUGUCGCAUAGCUGAGUUAAAUAUCAGUAUGUUACUGACCCAUAUAUAAACGCACUGUCAUGUGAGUAAACUAACAUUAGCAUAAUGGUCAUUGUUCCUUGCGUGGUUUCCGUUGAAAUUCUGAGUCAGCCGCUUCUUUGUCCAUAUUAGCCCAGUCUGUGGAAAGUUUGACAAAAAUGUUUCGUAAAGAGUGGGUGUAAACCUAUGUCUUGCAAAUACUGCUUUUUCGUUUGUCAAGCAAAAACUGACUUUGUAUAUCUUUGUACAUUUCCAAAUCUUGGGUCAGAAUUUGCCAAAACUGAUGUCAGUACACACAGUGAGUGACGAUGUUGGCUGAAAUGCCAGUGCUGCCAAUAAAAUUUAUUAAAACAUGUAAAUAUUGCACGUGUAAAUUUACAGCCUGUACAUAUUACGUAAGAGUAAAUAAAGUAUGAAUGGCAUUUAAUUUUUUGUCACCUGUUUAAGUUACAACGGUAAAAUGGUUAAUGAUUUAAAAUAAUUUUAAAUGUUAUGAUAUUCAGAGGUUUGGCUGUAUAACAGAAAAAAACUGAAUAGCUAAAGAAAAUGGAACGAAUGUUAGUAAAAAGAACAAAAGUAAUCUCCUUGACUGAUAAAAUUCAAUUAAAAUGUU